AUGCGGCGUGACAUGGAACAGAUGUCGAUUCAGAUCGGUCUGCUCCAACGUGCAGUGAGUAACGCCCCUGUUGUUGCUCAGGAUCAUGGUGCUAGGCUUCGGAUUCCUGAACCGAAGGCCUAUGGCGGUACUCGGGACGCGAAGGAGGUCGAGAACUUCCUUUUUGAUAUAGAACAAUACUUCCUUGCGGCAAAUGUGGAAGAUGAGGCAAGGAAGGUGUCGACGGCGACUAUGAAUCUAACGGGUGAUGCCAAGCUGUGGUGGCGCACCAAAUAUGCGGAGAUCCAAGCCAAUCAUUUGCGGCUUGAUACCUGGGCUCUUCUUCGGGAAGCGAUUCGAGAGCAGUUCUUCCCGGAGAACGUCGAGUACAAUGCCAGGCGGGCAUUGCGGAAGUUGGAGCACACAGGCUCCGUGCGAGAUUAUGUGAAAUCUUUCUCAGCACUGAUGCUGGACAUUCGGGAUAUGUCGGAGAAGGACAAGCUCUUCACAUUCAUGGAGGGCCUGAAACCGUGGGCGCGUCUUGAGCUGCAGCGCCAACGGGUGACUGAUUUGGGGUCGGCUAUGGCAGCGGCCGAACGCUUGACAGAUUUCAACCCAGAGGGCCGGAGGGACAGGCAGACGAUGCCUGGUCCUGUACAGAAUAAGCCAGGCGGGGCGAGAUCAUUCAAGAGUAACUCCAACAGAGGUGGGGGAGAUCGGAAGCCCCACGCUCAGAGUAGUUCAAUAGGCAGUUCGGGCAAGAACAGGCCCCAGGAGACAAAGCAGGGGGCGCCGCAGAAGAACAGUGGAUGCUUCCUAUGCGACGGCCCGCAUAGAUAUCGGGACUGCCCGAAGAAACAACUGUUGAACGCGCUGGCGACCUUUACUGACAAGGCGUCGCCCGCAAAGACUAUGGAGCCACAAGCAUCUGCGAGUGGUGGGCAUGAUUCGGAAGAAGAGGAGGACAACUUGGGCGCCAUCUCCCAAUGGUGCAACACGCUGUCCCAAGUGGCGGCAAAGAAGUUGGUGCCACCACAUGCAAGAAAGACUGCCCCGGCUCUUACUGCGAGCCAGCCGGAAGAGGAAGCACAGCCCCGGAAUCCUCGGAAGAAAGGGCUGAUGUUUGUGGAUGUGAAGAUUCAUGGCAAGCCCAUCCGUGCCAUGAUCGAUACUGGAGCUACGCACAACUACCUUGCGAGCGCCGAAGUAGAGAGACUUGGGCUCGUGCUGGAGAAGGGAGUUGGGCGAGUAAAGGCGAUAAACUCGGCCGCACAACCCAUUGCUGGUGUGGCCAAAUCUGUGCUGAUUAAGGUUAGUUCUUUUGAGGGCAAGACCAACCUUUCUGUCAUGGUGAUGGAUGACUUCAAGCUCAUCCUUGGGCUUGAAUUUUUGCGGGACACACGUACAGCGGUUUUGCCACACGUUGAUUCGUUGAUGAUGCUGGGGGCCAAACCUUGUAUUAUCCCCACAUUGGCCGGGCGUACAGGAGAGAAAAAUCUGUCGGCCAUGCAGUUUGAGAAGGGGCGCAAGCGGAACGAGCCGUCCUACUUGUGCACCCUUCGGUUUGACAAAAUUGAGGAGACGUCAGGGCCCAUCCCUGGCGAAAUAAAGAAGUUGCUGAAAGAGUUUGAGGAUGUGAUGCCGGACGAGCUGCCUCGGAAGCUUCCGCCGAAGAGGGCAGUGGAUCACGAAAUCGAGCUGUACCCGAUACCGUUGGUGGCGGAUUGCUUUGACCGUCUAAGCCGGGCGAAAUAUUUCACUAAGAUAGACUUGAGGUCGGGCUACUGGGAGGUCCGAAUCAAGGAGGGCGAUGAGGCGAAUACGACAGUGGUCACACGGUAUGGAGCUUUUGAAUUCCUUGUCAUGCCUUUCGGCCUGACGAACGCUCCCGCAACCUUCAGCACGCUAAUGAACCAGGUACUCCAUGGUUUUCUGGAUGAAUUUGUGGUGGUGUACCUGGACGACAUCGUGAUUUACAGCAGAACCUUGGCCGAGCAUGUAGACCAUCUGCGGCAGGUUCUGACGAGACUCCGCGAGCACGAGCUAUAUGCGAAGGUGUCGAAAUGCUCGUUUGCUCAGGAGAGAAUCAGUUUCUUGGGACACAUUGUGGAGAGAGGACGCAUACGAAUGGACCCCAAGAAAGUUCAGGCUAUUGAGGAGUGGCAGUUGCCGAAGGACGUUCAUGACUUGCGCUCAUUUCUUGGGCUGGCAAAUUAUUAUCGGCGUUUUGUGAAGGGCUACUCCGAGAUAGCCCGGCCCCUGACGGAUUUAUUGAAGAAGACGGAGACUUGGAAUUGGACACCCCAAUGCCAAGUCGCCUUCGACAAUUUGAAGAAAGCAAUUGUGACAGAUCCUGUGCUAGCCUUACGGGACAUGUCGAAGCCGUUCGUGGUGGAGACAGACGCUUCAGACUUUGCGUUAGGAGGGGUCCUAAUGCAAGAUGGCCAUCCAGUUGCCUUUGAGAGCAGGAAGCUUAAAGAUGUUGAGCGGCGCUAUUCGGGAAACCGCCUAUAUGUGCCGAAAGGUGGGGACCUAAGGAAAUCACUUAUCUCGGAGUGCCACGACACUCUUUGGGCGGGACACCAGGGAGAGGAGCGUACUUAUGCCUUGGUGCAGAGGGCCUACUAUUGGCCGUAG